AGAAAGUCGCCGGCGCCUGUCCCGGGCAGCUAGAAGGCGGCUGGCGCGGCGACCAUGAGCGGGCACGUCGGCGACCUGAGCGCCAAGCAGGAGGCGGCGCUGGCCAAGUUCCGUGAGAAUAUCCAAGACAUCUUACCAGAUCUUCCUGUCCAGGAUGACGACUAUUUGUUGAAAUGGCUUCGAGCCCGGUGCUUUGACCUGCAGAAAUCGGAAGCCAUGCUCAGGAAGCAUGUUGAGUUCCGCAAGCGUAUGGAUUCCAAGCACAUCAAGGAAUGGAAGGCCCCGGAGGUGCUCCGGAGGUACAUGGCCGGAGGAGCUUGUGGCUUUGAUCGCGACGGCUGCCCUGUUCGGUAUGAGAUCAUUGGGACCCUCGAUGCCAAAGGCCUCCUCUUCUCUGCCUCGAAACAGGAUCUGCUCAAGAAUAAAUUCCAGGACUGCGAGAAUUUGCGGGAGAUAUGUGACAAACAGACCAGAAAACUGGGGAGAAAAAUUGAAACCAUCGUGAUGAUUUAUGAUUUUGAAGGGCUGGGUUUGAAACAUCUCUGGAAGCCAGCUGUUGAUAUCUACGGAGAGCUUCUUGCCAUGUUUGAAGAAAACUUUCCUGAGUGCCUUAAACAUUUAUUUGUUAUUAAAGCCCCAAGACUGUUCCCGGUGGCUUACAACCUGGUGAAGCACCUACUGAGUGAAGAUACUCGCAAGAAGUUAGUUGUCUUGGGAGCAAAUUGGAAGGAAAUGUUGCAGAAAUAUAUUGACCCUGCAGAGAUCCCUGUGGAAUAUGGGGGGACCCUGACGGACCCUGAUGGAAACCCCAAAUGUGAGACCGAGAUAAACUAUGGUGGUGACAUCCCCAGAAAGUACUAUGUGCGGGAUCAACUGAAGCAACAGUACGAACAUUCGGUAAUAGUGAACCGGGGUUCUUCCCAGCAGCUGGAAUACGAAAUCCUCUUUCCCGGCUGCGUCCUGAGGUGGCAGUUCAUGUCAGAUGGGGCCGACGUAGGCUUUGGCGUCUACCUGAAGACCAAAGUGGGUGCGCGUCAGCAUGCCGGGGAGAUGACCGAGGUGCACCCCAACCAGCGCUACAAUGCCCACUUGGUCCCCGAAGACGGCAGUCUGACCUGUGCGGAUGCCGGCAUCUACGUCCUUCGCUUUGACAACACCUACAGCUACCUCCAUGCCAAGAAAAUCAGCUACACGGUGGAGGUCUUGCUGCCAGAUAAGAAAUCGGAGAAGAAGUUCCAGGAAUUGGAGGAACAGAGCAAGGGGCUUCAGACGAACCACGCCUGAUGAGAAAGGCAUCCCCAGGGGCCUCUCCCCUGCUCUCCCAGCCCCCCUGGGAGUGGCGGGGUGGGCACCAUCCUCAACAGUCCCCUUUGUGGGUGGAAUUCAGGCUUGGGCAGUCAGUGGGGUGCAGGGGGUUGCAAAGACGUUUGCCUCAAGGCAGCAGAUAGUGGGGUUUUACAAAAGGUCCCGCCCCACAUGCCUCCCCACCGCCCAUCGGUUCAGGACGCAGGAGAGCUAUAAUAGUCAAGCUUGUGCAGGAAUCAGCUGCCUGCUCUCUAGUUUAGGGCUACUUGAGGCCAUGGGCCUCCUGUGCCUCUUUGCUGGCAGGAUGCUUUGGGCCCUGGGGGUAAUCGUGGGAUCCGGAGAGCCCCCUCCCCUGUCCUCACCAGGUCACAGCAAAGUCCACUGAGACCACGCAUUUGGCUUCCACCAGGGGUCUGCACGGUCCAAAGCCAGUAGGGUUCUCUGUCGUUGUCGUUGGCAGAGGUAUACUGUGCCUGUAUGGGGAGGCUCUGCUUCAAAAGUCCCUGAAAGACCUGUCCUGGAUGCCUUUAUUCCCCUUCCCCGGAUUAAAGUGGGCAAGCUUCCAGCUGGCAAGUGCAUGCAAAAUCUGUUCCUGCUCAGCUUGAAGGCAGCCCAGCCGCUCCGCACGCUGAUCCUCCUGUUUUGGUGAUGCCCAGGACCACUGUCUCUCAAAUCACGCUUGCCACAUGCAAGCAGAAACUGCGUCAGAAAAUGAGGCGUCCAUGGGGGUCCCCCUGGCUGAGGCCACCAUGUGCUUUUCUGCUCACCCACUGCCUUAAACGGUCAUCCUGCCUGCCUCGAUUCCUUCGCUGCUUCUGUGACUUUUGCAGGACUGCCACCCGCCAGCCCCAACAGGGCUCUUCGCACAAAAUCCUACCCAAGAUUUACAGAUGUAUCUUUGCUGUCAACACUUUGUCCUUUGCGCAACAGGACAUUUUUCACUGAACAGUCAGGAGCUGGGGAGAGUUGAGAAGGAAUUUAUCUCCCUUACCUGCACCUGCAUUUAGCACUUCUCAGCUGGAUAUUUUGAGCGCUUGUUCAGAAAUGGACACCAGGGCCAGCCAGUGCCCUCACCCAAAGAACACACAUCUGCUUUCCUUCCAGGCUGGGAUAGUUUACCCAGAAGUCCCUGUGCAUUUGUUUUCCUCUACAACCUUCACAAAUAAUGUUUUGUUUCAUUUUUAGAAGAUCUUUAAUAGAUCAGAAGGAGAAAAGACAAAAGAAACAGGGAUUUAUAAACUGUAAAAAUUAGCUAUGAAUUUAUAAAAUGUUAAGAAAAAAAGAAAACAUUCCUCAGUCCUACUAAUAAAUUAAGACCAUACUUCUUACAUUUAUUAAAUUGAUGCUGACAAUGAGUCUUUGUAAUUAAUCUUCCUGUUGAGACUGCAUGGCUGCAUUUGGCAGAUUAGCUCAGUUCCUUAGAAAAUUUUGCACAGGGAUCCAUUAUUCCUUUAAUUCAAGCUGUUUUACUUAGCUCUUCUGCCCAAGUGGAUUCCCAACUGCAUAAAAAUACUGUUGCAAUUCCAAAGACCCAGCACACAAGGAAAACUGCACAGGAAGGAAGAGGAACAGCAAGCAAACCCAGGCCUCAAUUCUAUUUUAUUCCAGUCAUUUUUAAACUAGCCUGAAAAGUGGUUUAUCAUGAGAGGUGGUUUUAAAUAAUCUGUAUGCGAUGGUGGGUACAGCCAGCUCCAGAAGACUCUUUUCUCAAGAAGAAAAAUGGAUACAUCUCAAAGAAUUCUGAAUAAAAGGAUUAAACUGUGACCACAGCUUUGGAACAAUGGUGGUGUUUGCACAGGCUUCUCCAGGAUUAUUUUUUGCAGAAUGCCCCCCUCCCCAAACUAUAUAACCAUUCUCACAGAGAAAAAAGGAAAACAAAGAUAAAACCCAAGAACCAUUUAAAAAAACCCUAAAUAUAAUUGGGGCUGUGUGUGUACUAUAUACAGUAUAUCUGAAUGUAUAUGUGGCCCUGAGGAGAAAUACAAACCUUUUAUACAUCCCGUAUUCAAUAUUUCUAUCCAAAAUGACAACUGUGCAGGGAAAUGAUGUAAUCGAGAAAAAAAAAUCAAUGAUGCUAAUAAACGGUGAGCAAAUUGG